GCGCGCUGCCGCACAGACGUCUACCGCGUUUCGAGGCAGACGUUACGUUCCACCGUUCGGCGCGCAAGAAUCGCUAACCCACUCGUAGAAAGUCGCGCCUGCGCAGAAACUUCACAAAAAAAAAACUGAAAAAAAAAAACAGAAGAUAUAAUAAUAAAAGUGUGGAAAACCGAGUGAAGACCAGACCACAGCAUCAUGCUGCCUAAGUGCAAUCAAAAUGUUGUCCUCUUUUGACUUUGCGGUUGGAUUUUGAGCUAAAGUUUCUCUGUACCCCAACACCCCCUCAGAUUAACUGCCUUGUGUUCUGCGCAUAUCAAAACGCAAAAAAGUGAAAGUGAUUUUUCGGUGUUUCGGUGCGUGUGAAUGUGCCUCUUGAAUGACAAAUAUUGAUAUUGGUACCAUGAAAACCAGGCAAUUCCAGCCAACCAAAUAAGCGUCGCAGAGAAGAGAAACUAUCGAAAAAGAAAUACAAUUUAAUUUUUAAAAACCCAUUUGCCCAUUGGAUUACGGAAAGUUGGCGAUACCGAGCUCAAGGAUACCCAGCGGGAUUGCUAUUAUCUACAAACUAUUGGAAUUGGAUAUGGCUGCCAACGAGAUUAUGACACCCAUAGUCAAUGCGACACCCAUAGUCAAUGCGAAUUGUCAAUACUCGACCAGAUAUUGUUGGGAGGCGGAAAAAGUCAAAUCUUUGAUCAGAUUGCGGGCGGAACUCUCGCCUUUGUUCACGGGCAAACGCAAUGCCUCCAAAUAUGCCUGGGCCGUGGUGGAACGGGAGCUCAAUGUGCCGCUGCCGCUGUCGAAGAUCAUCAAGAAGUGGAACAAUCUGCUGCAGGAGUACAAGGCCAUCAAGAUGUCCGAGGAGCCGAAGAGGCGCGAGUGGCCCUUCUUCACCCUGAUGGAUGUGUACUUCAGCGACCAGGUCAACGAUCCCUCGCUGCGUCUCUUCUCCUCCACGAAGACCCUCAAGGAGACCCUCGAUGACAGUGUCUUCGAGGAUGAUCCAAUCAUAGCCUCCGCCAUAGCAGCGGCCACCAGUGGUGCGUACAUGGACAUGGAUGAGCUGGUCCAGAGGCAAAAGGAGCGAGCAGCCUUGGCUGCCGAGCGGAAAUUAGCCGCCGCUGCCAGCGGUGCCAGUGGGGAUUACAAAUUCGAGCUGAAGCCCAUGCUCUUGAACAGCAAGUUCAACAGCAACAGCGACAUGGCCAAGUUGUCCAAGAGCGUCGACGAUCUCUCCAUGCAGCAGUACAAGAUCAAGCAGGAGCUGAUUCGCCAUCGGGAGCAGGAGCAGCAGGAGAACAUGGUCAAGAUCAAGCAGCACGCACGCCAGCAGCAGCAACACCAGCAGCAGCAGCAGCAUCAGCAUCAGCAGCAGCAACACCACCAGCGAUUCCUGGGCCAACAGGCCUCCCUAUCGCCGCAUCCACAUCGCCUGUCGUCCUCGUCGACGCCGCCGGCACUGCAGCACGCCUUGCAGCAGCAGCAGCAGCACAUGUUGCAGCAACAGCAGCAACAUCUGCAGCAACAGCUGCAACAGCAGCAGCAGCAGCAUCAGGCACAGUUGCAGCAGCAACAGCAGCAACAGCACCACCAGCAACUCGCCGCCCACCAACAACAACCCCACCAGCCGCCCACACCGAGCCCCAGUUCGCCACCCACCACGGCGCAGCAGAUCCACAUCAGGGCCACCCAGCACCAGGCCGCCCAGCAGCAGCUCCACCAGCAGUCGUCGUCCCACAAGCAGCAGCAGCAGCAGCAGACCUACACCGAUCCCAACACCAUCGACCAGUACCUGCUGUCGUGGAACAACUUCCAUGGGAACAUGUGCCGCGGCUUCCACUCCCUGCAGAAGGACGAGAAGAUGGUCGACGUGACCAUCGCGGCCGGCGGCAAGAUAUUCAAGGCCCACAAACUGGUCCUGUCCGUCUGCAGUCCCUACUUCCAGCAGAUCUUCCUGGAGAACCCAUCGAGUCACCCCAUCCUGCUGAUGGCCGACGUGGAGGCCAGCCACAUGGCCGGCCUGCUGGACUUCAUGUACAGCGGCCAGGUGAACGUCAAGUACGAGGAUCUGCCCGUCUUCCUCAAGGUGGCCGAGGCCAUGAAGAUCAAGGGGCUGCACACAGAGAAGAACCUGGACAGCGAUGCCAGCGACAUAAGUUCGCCCCAUGAGAGCGACGGCACCGAGUGCCGUUACGAGCGUGGAACGCACAGUGUGAACAUCACCAGUGGCCAUGCCGCCGGCUAUGGAGGCGGAGCGCCCCCGGAGCAACCCUCCCCCUCGCCCGCGCUCAACGGACCCAACCGCUGCCCCACGCCCCUUUCCAGUGGAGGUGGAUCCUCUGGCGGAAACCCCAACUACUCCAGCUUCCGGGACCACAUCAAAUCGAAGGCCACGCUGGCCGAGACUUUCAUGAAGAAUCUCAACAGGAACAACAACAACAACGGCAGCAGCAGCAACAACAACUACAACCACUUGGGCGCCAGCAACGGGAGUCUGAAUCUCUCGGAGGCGGAGGGCAACUCCUUUGCCAUCCAGCAGGCGAACAGCAAGAAGAUGCUGGACUCGGCACGCAAACAGCACAAGUAUCUGGCCAAGCGGAAGAUCCUGAUGCACUACAACACGGAACUGGGUGGCGAGAAAAGGAUGAAGGAGAUGGACCGCGAAAGAUACCCCAGUGCCGAGCAGCAUGACGACGCCUUGAACAACAACCAUAGCCACGCCCAGGACAACAUUAUGGAGCCGAUAAUCACGACAAUUGUGCCACAAACGCCGCCACCAUCCACGCACAACAACAACUUUAAGAUCCGGCUGGUGGAGAGUCUUCAAUUGACGAACAACAAUCAGAAUCAGAACAACAGCAGUCCGCAAUCGGGUAACAACAUUAACCAUAAUGACAACGAUGAGGAGGCACUGAAUCUCGUCCAGAUACCCAAUGCAAAUGGCAGCAGGAAUCGCGAACAAACGCCCACUUGCGCCACGCCCACGCCCGACAUUCAGUUCAUCAAGCGGGAAGUGGAGACGGAGUUGCCUUCGCCGCCGGAAAUUGCCCACAAUAAUAAUGGACACGCAGAGGCAGAGGAUUCCCCAGCAUCAGGAUACGAUCGCAAGUACGAUGAUAACAACAAUAAUCGCGGAUUGGACAUGGAAACGGACUCGAACAACAACAAUAGCAAGCCGGGAUCGGAUAAUAAUAAUGGUAUAGCCUUGGCUUUGGGCAAACACAAGUUGCUGAGUGCGAUUGGUAGAAGUCUGGCAGAGGAUCAGGAUCAGGAUCAAGAGCAGCAGGAUCAGGAUAGCAACUGCAACAACAACGAUGACAACAAUAACAAUAAUCAUAGCCCCCAUUUGGACCUGAGCACCAUCAAGAACAUAGCCACGGCGGAGAUCCUGUGCGGAUUGAAGAGCAAGGUCCUUAAAAUGGAGGAGGAGCAGCGCGAGAGGGAGCGGGAAAGGGAGCGAGAACGAGAAGCCUGCCGCAGCCUCAGCGAGAUCAAGAAUGCCGAGUGAUCCUUUAAGGUCCAUCGGUAGCCCCAUUAUGCAUUUGAUUAAAAAA